AUUUAAGAGGUGAUCGGGUGACAUUUCAAUUAUAUUUUAAUGUUGAUAUAUACAAUAAAAUUAAUUAAUAAAUGUUAUAAAUACCCUGUUUUUGUAAUGGAAGGUAAUAAAUGUAGAAUUUGCUUAGAAAUUGGAGACGCACUAAUAAACAUAUUUAAUUUAAAUUACUCGUCAAAUAUAUCAUCAAAAAUAAUGUCUUUAGCCAAUAUUGAAAUAAAACCUGACGAUGGUUUGCCAGAUGGAAUAUGUGAAUCAUGUAAUGAUCAACUAAACAACUGUAUUAAAUUCAUUGAUCGCUGUAAAAAGUCGGAUUCCAUAUUAAGAAACGUGUGCUACAAUGAUAUACCAUCUAAAUCACAAACGACAGACUUAAAUAAUGUGUGUAUUAAAUUAGAAGUUAGUGAAAUAGAUAUACAAGAAAAAUUUAGUUUACAAAAUAAUACUAGCUGUGAUAAAGUAUUAAGUGAUUCCAAUAAUACAAACAAACAACAAUGCUUUACUUGUGGAAAAGUUAUGUCUUCCAAGUUCCGGCUGAAAACUCAUUUAGCAACACAUGCUACCGAGAAAGCAUAUAUCUGUAGCAUAUGCAAGAAAUCAUUUUCAAUAUUACAGAAUUUGAAUGUACAUUUGAGAACUCACACGGGUGAGAAACCAUUCAGUUGUUCAACAUGCGGGAAGACAUUUGCUCAGUCAUCAGGUUUAACGGCACACAAACGUAAACACACAGGACUUUUGCCAUACCAAUGUGUUCUGUGUCCACGUAAAUUUAGAACUUUUGGUCAUUUGCAAUAUCAUAUAAGACAACACACGGGUGAAAAAAAAUAUGAAUGUGAUGUUUGCAGCCGAGCAUUCAUAACCAGAAGUGAUCUGAAACAGCAUGUAAUGACCCACAGAGGUGAUAAACCGCAUAUUUGUUCGAUAUGUGGCAUGAGACUGUCGCGUGCAUCAAAUUUAAAGCGUCACAUAACAUAUUUACAUGACAAGAGUAAAACUUUCAAUUGCUCUCAGUGCCCUUCGAAAUUUAUGAAUAAAAGUGAACUGACAAAACAUGAAAAAAAGCAUCAGGAGCUUAAAGUGCCUAAUAGUAAUUAAUAAAAAUAUUGUAAUUUAUUUAA